GGCGCGAUGGCGGCGGGGCUGUGCUGGCGGGCCGGGCUGCGCGCGGGGAGGCGGAGACUGGUGGAUUCUCUUCAGCCAGCUGGUGUUCCUAAGCUCAGUUAUCGCUUUACAUCAUCACACAAAUAUGUUCCCAGACGGGCUGUGCUCUAUGUACCUGCGGAUGAUGAAAAGAAGAUAAGAAAAAUCCCAUCACUAAAUGUAGAUUGUGCAGUGUUGGACUGUGAAGAUGGUGUGGCUCUGAACAGAAAGAGAGAAGCAAGACUGAACAUCGUGAAAACCCUUGAAGAGUUUGACUUAGGCCAUGGUGAAAAGUGUGUCAGGAUAAACUCCGUGUCCAGCGGCCUUGCAGAAGAAGAUCUAGAGGUGCUUUUGCAGUCCAAGACCCUGCCUUCAAGCAUGAUGCUGCCCAAGGUUGAAAAUGUUGAGGAAAUAAGAUGGUUUUCAGACAAAUUCUUACAUCACCUAAAAGGCCGAACACUUGUAGAACCAAUGAAUUUUAUCCCCUUUGUGGAAACUGCAAUGGGCUUGCUCAAUUUUAAGGCUGUCUGUGAAGAAGCACUGAGAACAGGAUCCCAGGCUGGCUUUCAUUUGGAUGCAGUUGUCUUUGGAGGAGAGGACUUCCGUGCCAGCAUAGGUGCAACAAGCAGUAAAGAAACUCACGAUAUUCUAUACGCCAGGCAAAAAAUCAUAGUCACAGCAAAGGCAUUUGGCCUUCAAGCAAUAGACCUUGUUUACAUUGAUUUCCAUGAUGAAGAUGGGCUCCGCAGGCAAUCGAGGGAAGGCGCCUCCAUGGGAUUCACGGGUAAGCAGGUGAUUCACCCCAACCAAAUUGCUGUUGUCCAGGAACAGUUCUCUCCGAGCCCUGAAAAAAUAAAGUGGGCACAAGAACUGAUUUCUGCUUUUGAAGAACAUCAGCGAUUAGGCAAGGGAGCGUUUACUUUCCGCGGGAGCAUGAUCGACAUGCCAUUACUGAAGCAGGCACAGAACAUUGUUACACUUGCCACAGCCAUCAAGAAAAAAUGAGCUGAUCUGUCAUAGUUUGCUUGCUGGAAUUGCUAAUUGCUAAAACUAUUCCCAACUCAAACCACUGCUCACUGCUGCAUGGCCCAUGUUCUACUCAUAGCCUGCAAUGAAGUAACAUCAUCACAUCUGUGACAUCACAGUAAUUACUGCAAAUGUGGGAGUAUGACUUCACUGAAGAAGAAAGGCAAAACAUGAGCCCUGAGCUCUGUUAAAAAGCAGAUGGAAACUAAUUCAAUUCUUUCUAUUUCUUUCUGUGCUUCUUCCUGCUCUGAUGCAGAACUCCUGGCAGAAAGGAGAAAGCCUCAAAUAAUUACGCACCAGUUGAAAUAACUGCAAUGAAAAUCUUUACCCUUUGUGAGCUUUGCUAUCCCCCCACACUGCCCUUCUGUAAGUGUGCAACAGCCAUUAAAAAUAAUGCUCCAACAA